CAUAAAUACAAUAAUUACAGCUGUGGCAGAAAUAAACGACGCACUCUCCUCGUUCCGGAGACUGCCUGCGUAGCUAACAACACUACUUUCCCACUGACAGAAGGGAGAGAGAGCACAAUAACCACCUGCUCUCUGAGGUUGUUGUUGGUACUAUAUUGUACUGGGAUUUAUUUUUCAACAAAUUGUUUCUAUUUCAAAGCAUGGAUUUGCUCCUGGAUUUUGGCUAAUUAUGACAGAUUUCCUUCUCCUAGUUUUCUCAAAGCCAAACCGGGGUUUGUCUUGACUCAUUUCACUUUUGAGACAACUUAGUGGGAAUCUUUUACCAUGUCUGUGACUGCCCUGUUUAGGGGCAAGUGGGGCCAGAAGACACAGGAAACCCCAGUGAAGCCUCCAACUGCUGCGGUUCAACCCCGGCACGAGGAAGACGUUGACGAGGAUGAUACCAAAGCUGGUUUCAGCAGAGAGACUAUUCGCAGGAACUCACGCUUUUACCGGUCAAUGAGGAAAAAGAGGCUGGUCUCAUCUGAGCGGUCUGAAAGUUCUACCAGACCUGGACCAGACCACAGUCCAUCCAACAGAGCAGGAGUUCCCCACUCUAGUUCUCCUUUGCCCCUCAAAUCACCUUUGUUGCCCAGGGCUGGACGCCUUCCGCCAUCACCAAAGCUCCAUGAUUCCAGAACUGUGUUGCCAAGCAAUGGUGAGGCCAGCAGCAGACAUGCUCUGUACAACAAGGAUGCUCUGGAUAAGAGAAGAGGAGAUGUGGGUGGAGGGAGUGUGGACACAUCGGCUGCCUUCAAUAGCCAGCAAAGAGACUUUGCAGAUGACAGGAUCACAUACCGGACUCACGGCAUUCAUAGUGGAGAUAUAAAAAAACUGUCGGAGCAAACGGCUGCAGCCUGCACUGUACAGGAGGUCAGAGAGAUAGCCAUGAGCGCACAACAGCCCAGUUCUGACGGAGCAGAACGGGAUCACUUCAGCCGCAGGUUGCUGAACAAUGGAGAAAGCUCGCAGACAAUCUGCCACAGCAUCAAUAUCAUCAAAAACAUACCCUUCUUGUACCAGGAGUACCGGGAUACAUCAAAGCAGCAGGAGAUUGAGCAGCGGCGGCAGCGCGACAACCUCUCCCCUGGGGUCUCGACAGGGACUAUGGUGGCAGAGCCCGGUGUCGUGUCCCCCCCCGCGUUACAUCUGCAGCUGAGAAACAGUGAUCGCUCACUGAGCUUGUGGCAGAAUCUGGAAGGUGUGCAGGCCAGUGGGCUGCUCACCCAGUUACAGCCGAAAGAAAUCAUAAUGCAAGAGGCUAUGUUUGAGCUUAUCACCUCAGAGGCAUCCUACUACAAGAGUUUGGAGAUUUUAGAGGCUCACUUCCUACGUAACCCUGUUUUAUUCAACACUCUCAGCCAAUCCGACAUGCAUUUUCUCUUCUCCAACAUUGAGGAGGUCAUGAAAGCCAGUGAAAGGUUCCUCAUGGAUCUUGAGCAUCGAAUCGAGAAGUCCAUUUUCAUAUCAGAUGUGUGCGACAUUGUUUACUACCAUGCUGUGGAACACUUCAGUGUCUUCAUCAAAUACGUUAUCAACCAGGUAUACCAGGAGAAGAACUACAGACGUAUCUUAGAGGUAAACCAGGCUUUUCGGGAGACCAUGGCUGCACUGGAGAAUCAUUCUUGUGUCAGAGGCCUGUCCUUUACAUCAUUCCUCAUCCUUCCAUUCCAGAGGAUCACAAGGCUCAAGCUGCUUGUUCAGAAUAUCCUGAAGAAAGCUGAGGAAAACUCAGAGAGGGAAUUCAAUGCUAUAAAAGCACAUAAGCAGCUGGAGCAGAUUGUGAAAGAGUGUAACGAGGGAGUCAGAAAAAUGAGUCGUACUGAGGAGCUUAUUAGGAUAGAGAAAACACUGGAGUUUAAAUCCAAGUCUGUGCCCAUCAUUUCUCACUCACGCUGGUUGCUAAAGAAGGGUGAAGUACAGCUAAUGUCUGGACCAAAGAGCACUCGGACCAUGCGGAGUCGUAAACUCUACCAACCGGUCUACUUAUUUCUUUUUAACAAUCUGCUGCUGGUAACCAAGCGCAGCUCCAGUGGGGACAAGUUCCAGGUUCUCGACUCGUGCACAAGGGCCAUGUUGAGGACUGAGGAUCUUGAAGACCAGGGCCAGCUGCUGGCCAGUGUCUUUAAUCUUAAACUACUGGAGAACCAAGAGGAUCGUCCAGUCAACUUCAUGCUGAAGACGGCCAGUAUGAGUGACAAGCUGCGAUGGAUUUGCGCUCUCACUCCAAACCGGCGCACACGCUUUAUGUCUACCAACGCCCACCAACCAGACACUCCACAGGUGCAGUGUAUUCAGUCAUACUCAUCUCAGGAGCCAGAUGAACUCUCUAUUGAGAUGGCAGAUGUUUUGAACCUCCUAGAGAGAACAGAUGAUGGCUGGAUGUUGGGUGAAAGGCUCCAUGAUGGUGAAAGGGGCUGGUUCCCUAGCCGAUUAGUAGAGGAGAUCCAGAGCAAGGAGGUCCGAGCUCAGAACCUAAGAGAGGCCUUUAGGAUCCAACAAGCCCAAGAAGGUGGAGGAGGACAGCAAACUGGAGCCAGGGUUGGUGUGAGAGCAGGGAGACGCACCCAUAAGGUGUCUAGCUUCUCCAUUCCUCUGAUUGAUCAAAUGGGGGAAAGCAGUGAAGUAAAGCAUUGAAUCAGUAACAGCGAUGAAUGUCACCAUUCAGGACCAUAUGCAUGAAAAGUUAAAUUAUCAGGAGACAUUUGACUUAAUUUCAACACAAUGACACCUUGUCCUUUGAUCUUCAUUGAGCAGUAGAUGGAGAAAUCCAGAGAUGAUUAAAGUGCUUGAGUCAGCAACUUGAACAUGUGAUGCUGCAUGUUUCACAUAAAUGUGUAAUAAAUAUGUAUUGUACGCCCACACACCAUGGUGUGUAUUGCAUGGCACAAAGCUAUAUGUAUGGUAGAGAGCUUUGUCAGGGAAAUGAACCCUAACAGUCUAAAGGUACUGCUGCAUGGAAAAUUUUCGAAACUUUUAGUGUUCAUUAAAUUGUAAAAUACCCACAGACACAACAUACACAUGACCUGAUAGCUCAAUGCUCUGCAAUUUAAGACAGCAUAUGCAGUGAAUUAAAGCAAAGGACCUUCAUCAAUUGCCAAACAUGUGCAGCUUUCAUGUGGAUCUUCUGCUCUUAAAACCAGAAGUUAACUUACUACUCUGACUAGUCACUCGAUACUCACACUUUUGGUAUCAUCUACAGACAUUGCUGAUAAAACGUUUUUUUAAAGAAAUGUCAAACCAGAUAAAAUUACACAUUUUCAAAUCCGUCUUUAAUUUCAACUUGACAGAAAUGCUUAUUCAUCUCAAUUGACUGAAGCGCUUGUAACUGAACUUUCUCAAAGCUUUGCUAAUCAAAAUACCACAUGAUGUGAUUUUUUUAAGCAUUUUAUAACCAACAUUUUGAAUGUUGCAAGUAUUUUGAGUUUAAACAUAGAAAACAUAUCCCAGUUUUGUACAUUUAAUUGAAUGUCAUCCGAAAAUGUCUCCAUACACAUGAUUUACAUCUUCUCUGGGGUCACAAAGUCCCAACUUACUGACAAGCUGCUUGAAUGUGAUUAUUGCCAUGAUUAUCAUUUGCUGGUGUUUUGACUAUUUGCCUGAAUGUCAGGGUCACCAUACAAAUAUCAAACAAAAUUAAGACAAAGAUUAAUGUUGCAUCCAAAUCACUGAUGAUGAUCUAAAGUGUCUAUAAAUAUUAAUGUAAUGAGUCAGAGUGGCACUCCAUCCAAAAUGUAUCUUGAGUAUGAAACACUGACUACAACCAGCCUUCAGAGCUGGCUGUAACAGAAGCCGAGUGAUCAGCUUUUCUUCAGAACAGUGUCAAGUCCUCCAUGAAAAGACACGCACACACACAAAUUAAACACAAAUUAUAUUUCUACAUUUUUAGAAAAUUGCAAUGUUGGCUGCAACCUAAGUCACACAACAAGAGGUAAGGUUGACUCAUGUUUCUCAUUUUACUAUCAGAUCUCUGACUUCAUCAAAUAGUAGAUAUAUAAAAGAAAAAAGGAAGUGGUCUCAUAAUCUAAAUGAUUUAUUUGACAACUCAUUAAGAGAAAGUGGAAACUCCUGGAUUCCCCCAAUAAAUUUGCAUCCACACCAAAAUGUAAUGGUUUCCUCCCAGGCCAAGGGCCCAUCCAUCCACCAACAUUGGCAGAAAUUGGUUUAGUAGUUUUUCACUAAUUCUGCUAAUGAAAUACUCUACCAAGCAAUCAAACAAAUCCUACAGACAGACACAGGUGGAGACUUCAACUCAUGGCAGAGGUAAUAACUGCCAUAUGAUGAAAGAGACUAUAGACACAUUGGACAACAGUAUUUCCCAGUUAUUGUUCCUUCAAGACAAUCUGAAGCUCUAAUGCUAAGAGCAACAGUCGUCUUCUCAGCCUACAGUGUUUGAUACUCAAGAGAGAUGAAAUCACUUUGAAAUGAUCAGUUAACAGAAGCACACACACGUAAACACUCACACAGACACACACACACACAGGCACACACGUGCACAAACGCAGACACACACACACACACACACACACACAUAAUUGCAAUUUAAUGCCAAAUAACUGCAAUAUGUCACAAAUGCAUUGAAUGUAUUAACACUAACAACUAUGGAACAUUGCAAUUGUAAAGCCUGUGUGUCUUUAAAUAACCUGUGUACAGUACUGCAAAAAUUUAAUGUUUUAAGUAAUAAUUACUAAAUAAUUAUUUCAUUUUGUAAGAUGUAAAUUAUUGGUCAUAAAAAAGCACUGAUCAGAGA